AUGUAUUUCUGGCAGUUGUUGCCCCGGUGUAAAAAGGCCGGCUACGCACCAGAAUCAUUUGUCCUUCACCUUCCAUCUCAAGUCUCUCAAGUCUUUGCGAUCGGUAUGGCGUUGUUAAGCUGGCUGAGAAAUUGUCUAACCAGCACGGACUCAGCUACGCCGCCUGCCAAAAUCGACCACUCUCUUCGACCGAUCAAAAGAUUCAUUACAGCCCACGACACACAGGGUAGAUCUACCCUGACCUCUACCGUCCCCGAGAAUGCCGACCCUUGGCAGCACUUGCCCAAAGCGUCCAUGUUCCUCGCAUACACCACUGAAGACUCCCCAGUGAGGCUGGAAGAUGAUACAGACCGCUACGGGAACCUGUUAUAUAACCCUCCUGGUCUGGCUUUCGGGUCCUCCGUGUGUCGGGUUGUGGACAUAAGCCCGGGAGAUGUUUCUCCGAUGCACAGAACCCAGACUAUCGACUAUGGGAUCGUCAUUGAAGGGAAAGUGGAGCUGAUACUUGACAAUUGCACGAGAGUGAUGGAGAGAGGGGACAUCUGCGUGCAGAGGGCAACCAUGCAUGCCUGGAGGAAUUUGAGCGCCAAUGAGUGGGCGAGGAUCGCAUUUGUGCUCAUUCCCUGUGACAAGCCUGUGGUUGAUGGAAAGGAACUGGGUCAAAAUAUGGAUCUUGUCGAAGGUAGCCUGAAAGAGGUUUUUGCAAGAAGCCGAAGUUGA